GUCGUCCUCCUCCCAACCCCACAUGUCCCCCCUCCUAUAUAAACCCUGCCUCCCUCUCGACAUCUCCUCCAUUCUCAAACACACCCCACAGCUACAGCUGAUCACUAGCUAGCUACUGAGAUCGAUCGAUGGAUUUGGAGAUGGAGAUGAUGAGGAUGGCGAUGAGCCCGGCGAUGUCGUCGGCGACGGCGGCGGCGGCGAGCGAGGACGAGGGCGACCUGAGGAGGGGGCCAUGGACGGUGGAGGAGGACAUGCUGCUCGUCGACUACAUCGCCAACCACGGCGAGGGUCGCUGGAACUCGCUUGCUCGCUGUGCAGGGCUGAGGCGCACCGGCAAGAGCUGCCGUCUCCGGUGGCUGAACUACCUCCGCCCCGACGUCCGCCGCGGCAACAUCACCGCCGACGAGCAGCUCCUCAUCCUCGACCUCCACUCUCGCUGGGGCAACCGGUGGUCUAAGAUCGCGCAGUAUUUGCCGGGGAGGACUGAUAACGAAAUAAAGAAUUAUUGGAGGACCAGAGUGCAAAAGCACGCGAAGCAGCUGAGGUGCGACGUCAACAGCAAGGAGUUCCGCGACGUCGUCCGCCACGUCUGGAUGCCGCGCCUCAUCGAGCGGAUCCAGGCCGACGCCGCCGCCGCCGGCGAAGUUGCGGCACCGGCGCCGGUGUCGGCGGCGGCGACGAGGUCGAUGAGCUCGCCGGCUGGCGCGAUGUACCUCCACCACCAGCAGAUUCCGCUCGCCGCCGGCGCCAUGGUGGUGGCGCCGGCGGUGAGUAGCGAAGCGUACCACCACCACGGCUGCGGCGGCGGCGGCGACACGAGCUGCAGCGAGCCGAGCCAGGCGGCGGUGACCAUGAGCCCCGACGACGCAUCCAGCACGCUCCGGUCGUCGUCGGCGGCGGCGGAGAACGACACGAUCCACGGCGACGUGCUUAGCGGCAGCUGGUCGGAGCUUCUUGCCACCACCACCACCACCAUCGCCGCCACCGCCGGCUUGCCGGACUUCGAUGAGCUCGGAGAUUUCGAGGACAACUUAUGGAGCCUUGAGGACAUUUGGCUGCACCAGCAGUGUUGAUGAUGCAUGCAUCAUAUACAGAAUUUCUACAGAUCAGCAAAUUAAUUAGUGAGAGGAUUAGUUAAAGAUAAACCAGAUGAAAGUAUAAAAAAAACAUGUAAAUUAUUCUCAGCUCGAUCGAGGAUGAUAGAACAUAUAUAAAUGCAUAUACUAGUAUAGAACAGAAGUUGCCAGAUGAAGAAGGGAACUUUUAGUUAACUAAUUAAAGUUGAUAUAUAUGUAGACUUAAUUAGCAGGUGUUCCAAACUCCAAACAUGCAUGUGUAUAUGUCCUUCAUUUUUUUUCCUCUUAAUUAAUUAUAUAAGAUUUUUGA